GUCUGUGAUCAGCGGUGGCAGGGAACGGGCUCGCUUGCUGUUUUCGUGUGGUCUUGUGAAAAUAUCUUUGAUCUGAACGUAAUUGGUGCACAAUGGGAGGUCUUCAGAAGAAGAAGUAUGAGAGGGGAGCCGCUACCAACUACAUCACCAGGAAUAAAGCUCGCAAGAAGCUUCAGCUGAGUUUAGCCGAUUUCAGGCGUCUCUGCAUUCUGAAAGGCAUUUACCCCCAUGAACCCAAACACAAAAAGAAAGUCAACAAGGGCUCCACCGCCCCUCGCACGUUCUACCUGCUUAAAGACAUCCGAUUCCUCCUCCAUGAGCCCAUUGUUGGGAAGUUCAGAGAAUACAAGGUGUUUGUGCGCAAACUACGGAAAGCCUAUGGGAAGGCGGAAUGGACAUCUGUCCAGAGACUGAAGGAAAACAAGCCAGGGUACAAGCUGGACCACAUCGUCAAGGAGAGGUACCCGACAUUCAUUGAUGCCCUCCGUGACAUCGAUGACGCCCUCUCCAUGUGCUUCUUGUUCUCUACCUUCGCCCGCACGGGGAAGUGCCACGUUCAGACGAUCCAGCUGUGUCGCCGCCUGUCUGUGGAGUGGAUGAACUACAUCGUCACAUCUCGCUCGCUGAGGAAGGUUUUCCUGUCCAUCAAGGGAAUUUACUACCAAGCAGAAGUCUUUGGACAACCAAUUACUUGGCUGGUACCCUAUCAGUUUGCCCACAAUCACCCGACUGAUGUGGACUACAGAGUAAUGGCCACCUUCACAGAGUUCUACACCACCCUACUGGGGUUUGUCAACUUCCGCCUCUACCAGUCCCUCAACCUCGUCUACCCCCCUAAGCUGGACAGCAAGGCUGAGGUAGAGCUGAAGACCGAGGCUGAGGAGGACUACGCAAUGGACUCCGAAAGCUAUCUCGAGAAACUGGCAGCCCUGAGUGCGAGCCUGGCUCGUGUCAUCUCCACAGCAGAGGAAGAGGAGGCCGAGCUGGACCAGUUCCCUGCAGAGGGGGAGGAUGCAGAGGCACUGGAAGCCAGAGAGAAGCAGCAGAAAGAGCAGGAGGCUCAAAAGAGGCUUUUUGAAGGCCUCAAAUUCUUCCUUAACAGAGAGGUGCCCAGAGAGCCAAUGGCUUUCGUGCUCCGGUGUUUUGGAGCUCAGGUGUCUUGGGACCAGUCCCUCUGCAUUGGCGGUACAUAUGAUGUCACAGAUCAGACCAUCACGCAUCAAAUUGUGGACAGACCCAACGUCGAUCAGAAGUACAUUAACAGGUACUAUGUGCAGCCACAAUGGGUAUUUGACUGUGUCAAUGCCAAACUGCUCCUGCCUGUGGCAGACUACUUCCCUGGGGUGACCCUGCCCCCUCACUUGUCACCCUUCGUGGAGGAGAAGGACGGAGACUACGUGCCACCAGAGAAACUGAAGCUGAUGGCUCUACAGCGAGGAGAAAAGCUUGCUAGAGAAGAGGAGGAGGAAGAUGAAGACAAUGACGAGGAAGAGGAGGAGGAGGAAGAUGAAGACAAUGAUGAGGAAGAGGAGGAGGAGGAAGAUGAGGAAGGAGAGGAGGACAUGGAUGAUGAAGAGUUGGCAGAUGAGAAGAACCUGAAAAAUAUGGAGAAGCUGAAAGCUCAGGGCAAGGCUCUUUCAGUGAAAGUGACCCCAGGAAAGGCGAAAAUUGAGAACAAACUGCGCACGGAGCAGGAAGAGAAGGCGGAGGAGAAGCGCCUGGCUAUCAUGAUGAUGAAAAAGAAAGAGAAGUACCUUUACGACAAGAUCAUGUUUGGGAAGAAGAGGAAAGUCAGAGAGGCUAACAAACUAGCUGCCAAGAGAAAGGCACACGAAGAUUCCAACAAGGCUGCGAAAAAGAAGAAAAAGGCCAAAAAUCAAUAGCAAGCCAGGGGAGGAAGGUCACGGACUCUGGUUUUAUGUGUAUGAAAGACUUCUCCUUUUUUGGAGAGUGGAGUUUGCACACGGUCUUUGUUCAGACUUCUUCAUACACCUCAUUGUAUUAUACAGCUCUGGCAGAAUGACGGCUUUGUUUGUUCUGAGUCACGAUGUAUGUGUGUUUGCAUAUAUCUGAUGGUUCAUGGUCAGAAAUGGAGGAAUUGUUGAAAGGUAAAACCAAUGCAAAGAUGGACAUGAAACUGUCAGUUCUGGGUUCUUCAGGUGUAAAGUGAAUAUGACUCGUUGUUAGGUGACAUCAGAAGGACUCUCCAUUGGACCUCGAAAUGAAUCUAGUAAAUGGUUGUCAUCCUCUUUUACUGUGUUUUACGUGUUUUAUAAGGGCUGAAAUAUGUAAGAACAAUAUUAAAACAAGACUCAGCUUUUGAUGCCUAAUUUCUGUGACUGAGGAGCACUAAGGUAAAGAGGAAGAGCAGUGUUUUGUGGCUAGGUUAUAGUAUUUCUUCAGAGGAUAAUGUGGUGCCACAUCCACAGAAAGCACAGAAGGCAUGCCCGAACCACUGGGCUCUAGCCAUGGUUUUCCUUUAUUUUCCUUCACUUUAAAAAGGAGUGAUGCAGAAAAAUAAUUCCUUGGUUUUACUACAAAUGGUCAGCAUAGCACCAUUGCAGAAACAGAAAACAUCUGUUUCAUCCAAUAAUCAUGAGUAUGUAAUUGAUACAGUAACACCUGUCACAAUGCUCCAGCCAACAAUGCCAAAGUCUAGUGUUUUGGUGUCUGUGGGUCAUGUUCCUCUACAUUAUCCAUUAUCUUAAGUGCACAGCAAUAUGAUCAUUGUUUAUAAGUGUUUUCGUGUAUCGCUAUCACUUUUCCAACUGUUUGAGACCACAGAUUACCAGGUCUUUUUUAACAGUAAUAACCUUGGUGAUGUGCUUUUAUGUAUCCCUAUAAUGACAGUUUAGAGUUAGGUUCAUUUUUUUCUGUGUUCCCAUCUUUCAUGCUUGGUGGCCAGAUGACCAAUUAGUAUGUAGUUUUAUGUGUUGCUAAACGUUGGUGUCUGGGUUUCUGUCAGCAUUUGCAUCACAUUAAACUUCUAUUUAUACUCUCCACUAUUGCAACCAACCUACCUGACUUUCCUUAAACA